GGGUCUUUCACUGGUGAAAGCAGCUUAAAUCAAUCAGAUUAGAACCCUGCUUUGUGUCUGUAGCAAUCCUACAGUCGGUCGAGUAAGACGGCCAUGAGCUUCAGCAGAUGUAAGCGUAAAAGAGCGUUCUUCUGAGGUAGGGCACCUGUAUGUGACCCCCCCCCCCUGUUGGGGGUGAAGAGCAGCGGUCAUGGGAACCAACAGCCAGGUGCGACUGCUCCUCUGGAAAAACUGGACUGUCCGCAAGAGGCAGAAGACGCGGCUCUUUAUGGAGAUUAUGUGGCCUGUGGUGCUAUUCAUUGGACUGGUCUGGCUGAGAAGAGCGAACCCCCUUUACCGCCAACAUGAAUGUCACUUCCCAAACAAAGCCAUGCCCUCCACUGGCAUCCUUCCAUGGAUCCAAGGGAUCUUCUGCAAUGCCAACAACCCCUGUUUCCAGCACCCAACCCGUGGAGAGUCUCCAGGCCUGGUGUCCAACUACAACAACUCAAUACUGGCUCGGUUUUGGUCGGACGCGCAUGAGCUCCUGUUCGAUGAUACCGAGUUUCAGCAGUUGGGACGAUUAUGGCGGGAACUCGUGGCCAUGAGCAACUUAAUGGACACCCUCCGGACCAAUCCCGAAGUGAUCGCGGGUCGAGGCGUCAAAGUGGAGGAUUUGUUGAAGGACGAUGAAACUCUCACUUCAUACCUGCUCAGAGAUAUUCCUCUGACAGAAUCUGUGGUAGAUCAGCUGGUCCGUUCACAGAUCCGCCCUGAACAGUUUGCUUAUGGAGUUCCUGAUCUCCACCUGAAGGACAUUGCCUGCAGUCAGACUCUUCUUGAGCGUUUCCUUAUUUUCCCGAGCCGUUGGGGCCUGUAUGCCGUGCGCAAUGCCAUGUGUGUUCUCACCCCGCAGCGUCUUCAGAUCAUUGAGGACAAAUUCUACGCCAAUCUUGACUUCUUCAAACUUUUCCGCUUGCUUCCUCUGGUUCUUGAUAACUACUCCAAUGGACUCGACCUGCACUUCUGGGCCCGACUUCUGCCUGCGGUGUCUGAGAAGUUAAAAGCGCUGUUUAAAAGACCUAGCUCUCAAGACAUGUUGCAAGUUGUUUCUCCACUGCUUCAGUCCCACGAUUCCCCAUCUUUCAGCCAACUCAUGGCCGCCACCUCCAGCUUGUUCUGCGGCUACACGGAAGGGGCCUUUUCCAGGGUCACCUCCUUCAAUUGGUACGAGGAUAACAACUACAAAGCCUUUUUGGGCAUCAACAGCACUCGUGGAGAGGGGAAGUACCACUACGAUCACACGGCCACUCCGUUCUGUAAUGACCUCAUGAAGGAUUUGGAGUCCAAUCCGGUCACAAGGAUUGUGUGGAGUUCAGUCAAGCCUUUCCUGAUGGGCAAAAUCCUGUAUGCUCCAGAUUCCCCUGCUGUCAGACAGAUCAUUAAAAAUGCAAACACCACCUUUGAGGAGUUAGAAAGACUUAGGAACAUGGGUCGGGCCUGGGAGGAGGUGGGCCCACAGGUGUGGAACUUCUUUCAGGAGGGCAUACAGAUGAACAUGCUUCGGGACUCUAUCAGAAAUCCCACAGUGAUGGACUACAUCAACAAAGGCCUCAAAGGCACUCCAUUCACUGGCCAUCAUAUCCUCAACUUCCUGUACAAUGGCCCUGAGGAGGAUCGAGACCCGAACAUGCCUGACUUUGACUGGCGGAACAUUUUUAACCUGACUGACCAAGUUAUUCGCCUUAUAAACCGAUAUGGAGAGUGUCUAGUCCUGGACAAGUUUUCCGCAAUUUCUGAUGAGGACCAGUUGACCCAUCGAGCGCUGGACCUUCUUGGGGAAAGCAAAUUUUGGGCAGGCCUGGUAUUUGUUGACAUGUACUCUUGGACCACCAAGGUGCCCCCUCAUGUUAAGUUCAAGAUCCGUAUGGACAUAGAUGUCGUGGAGCGAACUAACAAGAUCAAAGACAGAUACUGGGAUCCAGGUCCUAGGGCUGAUCCCAUGGAUGAUCUGCGGUAUAUAUGGGGAGGAUUUGCCUACCUGCAGGAUAUGAUAGAACAUGGAAUAAUAAAGACCCACACUGGGAAGGAACGGCCUUUAGGAGUCUACCUGCAGCAGAUGCCCUAUCCCUGCUAUGUGGAUGAUCUAUUCAUGCUCACUCUGAACCGCUGCUUUCCAAUCUUCAUGGUGCUGGCUUGGGUCUAUUCUGUCUCUAUGACGGUGAAAAGCAUUGUGCUGGAGAAGGAGAUGAGGUUGAAAGAGACUCUGAAGGCCAUGGGCGUUACUAACCGUGUGCUCUGGUGUACAUGGUUCAUCGACACCUUCUUCAUGAUGGCCUCCAGCACAGCCCUGCUUACUCUUAUUAUUAUGGGAGGAAAAGUGCUGAACUACAGCAAUCCCAUCAUCCUCUUCCUAUUCCUGCUCACUUUCACCACAGCCACCAUCAUGCAGUGCUUCCUCAUGAGUGUGUUUUUCAACAAGGCUAACCUGGCAGCAGCCUGCAGUGGAAUCAUUUACUUCACCCUGUAUCUGCCGCACAUAGUCUGCUUCGCCUGGCAGGAUCGAAUCACCAAAGAUAUGAAAAUCAUGGCGAGUUUGAUGUCCCAGGUGGCCUUUGGCUUUGGGACGGAGUACUUGUCCCGUUACGAGGAGCAGGGUCUUGGUCUGCAGUGGGAUAACAUUCAAACAAGCCUUUUGGAGGGCGACGAGUUCUCCUUUCUCAUCUCAAUUAUUAUGAUGGUAUUGGAUACUGUCCUUUAUGGCAUUCUCGCAUGGUACCUCGAUAAUGUCUUCCCAGGCCAGUAUGGUAUUGGUCGGCCUUUUUACUUUCCAAUCCAGCCUUCUUAUUGGUUAAACCGACCUGAGCCUCUAAAACAAGUUCCUGGAAAGCCAGCAGUACAGAAACCUGCUUUUGAUAAUCUGGUGAACCACUCCGAUGACCAGGCCAAGAACCACACAGCACCUGAAAAACCUCCAGAGUCGCCAGGGUCCUGCAAACAUGGAGACAUACGGGAGAAACUAGAGAAAGAACAAAAGAGGGUUGAUGAAGAGGAGACAAACAAGAGCAUGAGCACAGACUCAUCAGGGAGGCUCUUUUUCGAGCCUGAGCCAUCAGGUCUGGUGGUUGGAGUUUGUGUGGAGAACCUAUAUAAGAUAUUCACCGGCAGCUCUAGACCCGCUGUGGAUGGUUUAAGUAUCACCUUCUACGAGGGUCAGAUCACUGCUUUCCUUGGCCACAACGGUGCAGGAAAAACCACUACCAUGUCUAUCCUCACUGGCAUGUUCCCUCCCACCUCUGGCACGGCAUAUAUUUAUGGGAAAGACAUCCGAACUGAUAUGGAUGCCAUUCGUAAAUCUCUGGGAAUGUGCCCACAACAUAACAUCAUCUUUCACCAUAUGACGGUAGCAGAGCACAUCUUGUUUUACUCUCUGCUGAAGGGUCGGCCAUUACCUGAGGCCCAGCUAGAGGUGGAAAAUAUGCUGGAAGAUCUUGGUCUCCCUCACAAGAGAAACGAGGAGGCACAAAACCUGUCAGGUGGUAUGCAGAGGAAGCUUUCCGUUGCCAUGGCUUUUGUUGGUGGUGCUAAAGUGGUGUUUCUGGAUGAACCGACUUCAGGAGUGGAUCCAUAUUCCAGACGCUCUAUCUGGGACCUUCUGCUGAAAUAUCGCUCUGGUCGUACAGUGAUCUUGUCCACACACCACAUGGAUGAAGCUGACCUGCUGAGUGACCGUGUGGCCAUCAUCUCUCAGGGUCGUCUGUACUGCUGCGGUUCUCCUCUCUUCCUGAAGAACUGCCUUGGUGCUGGUUUCUACCUCACUCUGGUGCGGCGCACUAAAGAACAGCCGUCCCAUGUCAGAAAAGAGGGCCAGUGUGACUGUACUGAUGACUGCUCUUGUAAAUGUUCACUCUGUACCAAAUUUAAAGAGAGCACUGUAGAGCAGCCCAGCAUUACAGAAAUACAGAUGGAAGGGGACAUUGACAGCAUCACGGCCCUCGUUCACCAUCAUAUCCCGGAGGCCAGGCUUAUAGAGGUCAUAGGGCAGGAGCUGACCUUUCUAUUGCCCAGCCGGGGCUUCAAGCAUCGUUCUUACGCCAGCCUGUUCAGAGAGCUGGAGGAGACGCUGGCAGACAUGGGACUGAGCAGUUUUGGAGUGUCAGACACUUCAUUGGAGGAGGUAUUUCUAAAAGUCACAGCUGAUGGAGAGGCUGCUCACAUCAAACCUACGUCUGACAUCAGAGUUCUGCAACAGCAAUCUCUUGCAAGUCUCUAUAGAGAGAACACUGUCAAAGUGAAUAUAGAAGAAGAUACAGACAGAUCGGUGUAUUCUAACGGGCAAACUAACUCUGGAAGUUCAACCAGAAAAGAUGGCAGAGGAUCCCAUCAGGUGAAGGGAAUCUGUCUGGUUUUGAAACAGUUUUUUGCUCUUGUCAUAAAGAGGUUUCAUCACACCACACGCUCCGGCAAAGACUUCCUCGCCCAGAUUGUGUUACCUGCUAGUUUCGUCCUCGUUUCUCUGAUGUUCACGCUGAUUGUUCCUCCAUUUGGAGAAUACCCAAGCCUUACUCUAAGCCCAUGGAUGUACGGCCGACAGUUCACUUUCUUCAGUAAUGAACAGAUGCAAAGCCCAGAUAUGAGGUAUUUUGGCGAGGUUCUUCUAAACAGACCUGGAUUUGGGACUCGUUGUAUGGUGGAUGAACCUCUGCUAGACUAUCCAUGUAAUAACAUAACCACAGAGUGGGAAAUGGCCAUGGUGAACCCAGCACUCAUCGAGAUGCUGGGAAACCCAGAAUGGACAGACAUCAGUCCGUCUCCCAGCUGCCAGUGCAGCACACCAAACAAACUCACCAUGUUACCUGUGUGUCCAGAAGGUGCUGGAGGUCUCCCUCCUCCCCAGAGGAUUCAGUCCACUGGUGACGUGUUAAUGGAUUUAAGCGGCAGGAACAUCUCUGAUUAUUUGGUGAAGACCUACCCAAACUUAAUACGAACAAGCUUGAAGAGCAAGUACUGGGUGAAUGAACAGAGGUAUGGUGGCAUUUCUGUCGGAGGGCAGCUUCCUGUUCUUGAUGUGGAUCCUAAAACCAUUCAGAAUGCGGCUGCUCAGUUGGGACGUCUGCUUAAUGUCACAGGGGGCAGAAACUCAAAGCUUACUCUACAGGAGUUUGGCACUUUCUUAAAAUAUAUGGAAACUGAAAACAACGUCAAGGUGUGGUUCAAUAACAAAGGCUGGCAUGCUAUGGUGGCCUUCAUGAAUGUGGCGAAUAACGCCAUCCUUCGAGCAAACCUGCCUCCUGGAGCCGAUUUAAAUGAGUACGGCAUUACAGCCAUCAAUCAUCCACUAAACCUGACAAAAGAGCAGCUGUCGGAGGUCACAGUACUGACCACUUCAGUGGAUGCAGUGGUCGCUAUCUGUGUGAUAUUUGCCAUGUCCUUCGUACCGGCCAGUUUUGUGCUGUAUCUGAUCCAGGAGAGAGUGACGCAGGCCAAACACCUGCAAUUUGUGAGUGGGGUCAGUCCUCUGGUGUACUGGAUUGCUAACUUCUUCUGGGACAUGAUAAACUAUGCUGUCAGCGCAGCGAUGGUUGUGGGGAUAUUUAUUGCAUUUGACAAAAAAUGCUACACCUCGCCUGGCAACUUGCAAGCCCUGAUAGCUCUGCUGAUGCUUUAUGGUUGGUCGGUGACUCCCAUGAUGUAUCCAAUGUCAUAUGUGUUUAACGUGCCCAGCACAGCGUACGUCUCUUUGUCCUGCAUCAACCUCUUCAUUGGCAUCAACAGCAGUGCAAUCACAUUUAUAUUAGACCUGUUUGACAGUACAGAGGCUUUGUAUAAAUGUAACCAGGUGCUGAAGAAAGCUCUACUUGUCUUUCCUCACUUCUGUUUGGGCCGCGGGCUCAUUGACAUGGCGAUGAACCGGGCCGUGAUGGACGUGUAUGCACGCUUUGGUGAGGAUUUCAGUUUGGAUCCGUUCAGCUGGGACUUUGUUGGAAAGAAUGUGACGUUCAUGGCGGUCGAGGGGUUUGUCUAUUUCAUCCUGAAUGUUCUGAUGCAGUACCGAUUCUUCCUGGAUCACUGGAUGUCAGAUUUUAAGAAGCCGCCAAUAACUGAUGAAGAUGUGGAUGUGGCCAAAGAGAGAGAGAAGGUUUACAAAGGAGGAAACUCUAAUGACAUCCUCCAGAUAAAAGACCUAUCAAAGACGUAUACUGGAACGAUUAGGCCAGCGGUGGACAGGAUAUGUGCAGGAGUGUCACCAGGAGAGUGCUUUGGACUUCUGGGUGUGAAUGGUGCGGGGAAAACUACCACAUUCAAAAUGCUGACAGGAGACAUAGAUGUAACUUCAGGGGAAGCGGUUGUGACUGGUUACAGCAUUCUUACCAACAUCCUGGACGUGCACCAGAACAUGGGCUACUGCCCUCAGUUUGAUGCCAUAGAUGAUCUUCUAACAGGAAAAGAACAUCUUCACUUAUACGCUCGGCUCAGAGGAGUCCCGGAAUCCGAGAUCAGCAGAGUGGCUGAAUGGGGAAUUCAGAAACUGGGUUUAUUUGAGUAUGCAGGCAGCACUGCCGGCACAUACAGUGGAGGAAACAAGCGUAAACUCUCAACAGCUAUUGCAAUGAUUGGCUGUCCAGCUCUUCUGCUGCUGGAUGAGCCAACCACAGGAAUGGAUCCUCACUCUCGGAGGUUCCUCUGGAACUCCAUCAUGAGUGUUAUUCAGGGUGGCAGGGCAGUGGUCCUUACAUCACACAGCAUGGAGGAAUGCGAAGCUCUCUGCACACGACUGGCCAUCAUGGUGAAUGGAACAUUUAAGUGUCUUGGCACAAUCCAGCACCUCAAAUACAAAUUUGGUGAUGGAUAUGUGGUCACCAUGAAAAUCAGAGCACCCAAAGCGGGCACAGUGCCAGAUCUGAACCCGGCCGAAGCAUUUAUGGAGAGCACAUUCCCAGGCUGCAUUCAGAGAGAGAAACACUAUAAUACUCUACAGUACGAGAUCGCGUCUUCCUCCCUGGCCAAAAUCUUCCAGCUAGUCUUGGCCAACAAGGAAACGCUGAAUAUCGAAGAUUACUCAGUGUGCCAGACAACUCUGGACCAGGUGUUUGUGAAUUUCGCAAAGCAGCAAUCCGGAGAAGAUGAUGCCAUUGUGCUGCACCCGAGGGCAGCUGGUGCCAGGCGGGACAUGAGAGUCUUUCCAGUGAAAACGAAAGAUUGAAAUCUUCACUGAAGAGGGUCAUUUGAGCAGGUCAAUUGGAGUCAUCCGGCAGGGCACUCAAAAGAGUCAUAAAGGAAGAGCAGAUGAUUUUUUCUUCUUUACAGAACACUCAUUUUGAGACUUCUGUGCAUUUAUGCAGUAACGGCUUUGCACACCUCUUUUGCUUGGCCUUUUUUUUUAUAGAAAUGCAACCAAACCACAACAAAAUACAGACAGAACUGGACUGAGGUAGUCUUAUGAAUACUGUAGCACUUUAUUAUGUCAAUGCCACUUUUUUUUACAAAGAAUUUUGUCUUAAAAACAAAUCAAAUGAUGCAAUAGAUAUUAUUGCAAAGGCUAUUGCUAUUGAAAUGCAUAUUGCAUUGUGAUGCAUUGCAAGUCACGGCUUUAAUAAUUCUUGCCAAGUUAGAAAAUAUUAAGCAAACAAAUGUUGUAAUUAACAAAAUGUUACAUGUUUGUUCAGUUUUUUAAUUUGCUGACUAGAAAUUGCUUGUAGCAAGGAAUUGUACAAAGUUGAUUUUUUUUGUUCUUUCUUUCUUGUAAAAAUAAUACUAUUAAAA